GGUCUUCCAGCCCCGCCCCCCUUUUCCCCGGGCUCGAGCCCCGCCGCGAGGGAGCUGCGGAAACCCUUUCACUGCUGCUGUUGCUGCUGCUGCUUUGCAUCGUGUUCAGAGUUUGGGCCUCCAGGCCCCACUUGAAGCACCCUCCAGGAUGGCAAUGGGGAGAUGUGAACAGUAUGAGCCUGUGGCUGAAAUCGGCAUCGGGGCUUACGGCACCGUCUUCAAGGCCCGGGACCUACAAAGCGGCAAGUUUGUGGCCCUUAAGAAUGUGCGGGUCCAGAACAGCGAGAAUGGGUUGCCGCACUCCACAGUCCGUGAAGUGGCCCUGCUUAAACGCCUAGAGAACUUUGACCACCCCAAUGUUGUGCGGCUAAUGGACGUUUGCACAACGACACGGACAGAGCGUGAGACCAAAGUGACAUUGGUGUUUGAGCAUGUUGAUCAGGAUCUGAAAGCAUUUUUGGAGAAAACUCCACCUCCUGGCUUACCAGCAGAGAUGAUCAAGGAUAUGAUGCAUCAGUUCUUGAGUGGCUUGGAUUUCCUGCACUCAAACUGCAUUGUUCAUCGUGACCUCAAGCCAGAAAACAUCUUGGUGACCAGUUCUGGUCAAGUCAAGCUGGCCGACUUUGGCUUGGCUCGCAUCUACAGCUGUCAGAUGGCCCUGACACCUUUGGUGGUCACUCUCUGGUACCGGGCUCCAGAAGUGCUGCUCCAGUCAGCUUAUGCCACUCCUGUGGACCUGUGGAGUGUGGGGUGCAUCUUCGCAGAGAUGUUUCGAAGGAAACCUCUCUUCUGUGGCAACUCCGAAGCUGAUCAGCUGGGCAAGAUCUUUGAUUUGAUCGGACUCCCAUCUGAGGAGGACUGGCCCCUGGACGUGUCUCUGCCACGCUGUGCCUUUGCUCCCCGCUCCCCACAGUCUAUUGAGAGGUUUGUGCCAGAAAUAGACACCCUGGGGAUCCAGCUGCUUUUGGAAAUGCUGACAUUCAAUCCCUUGAAACGCAUCUCUGCUUUCCAAGCACUGCAUCACCAGUACUUUCAGGACAUGAGUGCAGGUGAAGGGUAGCAACCCAACCAUUCUCUGGUGUAGGGACAAAAAAGACUCUGCAAUAGACUUUGUGUGUAUGAAGAUCAUUUGCACCCCACCAAGAGGCCGCAGCAAGAACAGUCUUCAAGCAGUCCUGGCUGGGCUGGGAUUGUGGGGAUGGGGAAAAAUGAAUUGUUGCCAACCUGCAUGAGAAAAGUUAAAUGGUGCAUGUUGCAAGAAGAACAGCCCUGAAACCUUUUCCUGCCCUGGAAGCGCUAGGGCUCUUGUGGUGCCUCUGAGCCAACAUCACACCCAUUCAAUGUUCCUGGGUUGAUUCCCAGUGAUGUUGUUGAAGGUCAGUUUGUGUUUGGGAGAGCCCUGUUUGAGGCAUCCCAUUCAUUCGUCUGUGGGUUCCUUGCCAAAGGUCUUUGAUUGAUAACCUUUUUUUUUUAAAGUAAUUUUUAUAACAGUUUACACACAAUAAUGUUGCUGCCUUAUCACAUUCCUGUGGCUAACAGUUUGACACUAAAGCCUCGAGUUGUUACACAUAAUGAUGUGUGUGUAAGAAAAAAAGUUUCAGACCAGUGCCUGGAUUCAAACAGGAUAUUUUUGUAUACAUAUCCACUAUUUGUUAUUUUGUUUCUAAUUACCAAGACACUGGUCAAGACAGACCUAAGUUACGGAGUACCUUGGCAUGGGAUUGCUGCUGAGGAGGAUACCAACUGUAGCUGUUUGAAUCCAGGCAUUGGUCUAAAACAUUUUUCUAACACACAACAUUAUAGAUACGAUGUAAUUCAAUAAAAAAGGAGGUGAAGUCCAAGCUUGGCCUUUCACCUUCCUUGUUUCUUAAAAA